CAGAGAAGACACUUCCUCCUUUACUCCUCCUCAGCCUUUUCUUUUUCAUUUACACAUUGUUAUAUAACGACUUCAACUUCAGAAAGUCUCCCCACUCCACCGUCAUCUCUAACGGUAGUCAGUACUCUGCAGCUUUUCAGAUUUACUUUGACAACAAGUUGCAAACAUGGCUGGAAAAGUUGUGCUUCACUACUUCAAUGGGAGAGGAAAAAUGGAGUCAAUCCGCUGGCUCCUGACAGUUGCAGAGGUUGAUUUUGUUGAGGUGUAUCUGACAAAACGUGAGCAGUAUCUAGAACUCUUGAGUGAUGGGUCUCUCAUGUUUCAGCAAGUUCCCAUGGUGGAAAUUGAUGGCAUGAAGCUUAUCCAGACAAAGGCCAUCCUGAAUUACAUUGCAGAGAAAUACAAUCUUCAUGGAAAAGAUAUCAAAGACCGCGUCAAGAUCAACAUGUACUCAGAGGGACUGAUGGAUCUGAUGGAAAUGAUCAUGACCUUGCCCUUCAGUCAAGACUCCAAAGAAAAACUGGAAACCAUUGAAACUAAAGCAAAAGAGCGCUACCUUCCUGUGUUUGAAAAGGCAAUGACUGAGGCCGUUUACCUGGUGGGAGGUAAGCUCAGCAUGGCAGAUGUGCUGCUUCUUGAAUGCACCCUGAUGUUGGAGGAGAAGUUUACUGGGAUCCUUGGCGAUUUCCGCAACGUCAAGUCUUUCCAGGGCAGGAUGACAGAGAUUCCCGCCAUCAGAGAGUUCCUGAAACCAGGCAGCAAGAGGAAGCCGCAGCCAGAUGAACGCUUACUAAAAGAGGUUGUGGAGGUGUUGCACAUCAAACUGCCAAUCCCAUAACUUAGAUAAAAGAUCUGGAACAUUCCUCUUACAGAUAUUAUAAAGCAAUAAUAAUCAAGAAUAGCCUUUUCUACUAAUGAAAUUCCACUCUAAGUUGAGAAGAAUACUGCACUUUACAUCACAAAAGAACAAGUUCAGCUUGAAUGAAAGCAAUCAUCAUUUCUAACAACCUAAUAUUGCGUACUAAUAAUAAUAUUCUACUGAAUAAAAUUACAACUUUUGAUGAAAAACUGAGAAA